UGUGAAACGGCACAGUGUCUGCCGUUUCCCGAUAAGCCCGGUGAUUUUUGGAACAAUCUCUUCUUCUAUGUUCUUCUUCGCCUUCCUCUUUUCACUUCAUGUUUCAGGUUUCGGCUUAACCCACUUUCAGUAGAGGUUCAACUUCGACCCUAGAGAGAAGCAUGUGUGAGAGUAAACCGAGCUCAAAAUUCAGCACCAAAACAUGCUUAUGAGCUCUGGUCUUGGAUUUAAGGUGCACUUGACAAGAAAGCAUGACCAUUUGGAAAAUUCAACAAUUCCUGAAAUAACACAACAAAGGUUCACAGAUCUGUGAGGUGUGAGAACGACAACCUCAGGCCUUGUUUUCUUUUCCCUUUCUAUUCUCCAGACCUCAACACCUUCCACAAAACCCGAUCCAACAAUGUUCAAAGACAGGAGAAAGCUAUAAACAAGCAGAUACAAGGCGAAGCCAAAAGGAGUUUGGUGCAGAUCCGCGACCCAUUUGCAAAAUUUGCUGCUUUAGCUUAAAAACAAAGCGCGAAGACUUGGAUCAAAGGAGGCGAGGCUGUGGCUCUGCGACCUACUCAGUCUUUUGCUUUUGAAAGGCUUUCUUUUCCUUCUGCGAUUGGGAAAAGCUUUAUCAAGGGCUUCUGACUUGGACCGCGAUUUAUCGGUGCGUAAAUAAAAGGCCUUUUUAUCACUACGCGGCCAAAGUACUCUCUGAUUCUGAAUCGUAGUCAUCAAUGCAAAGCACAUAGCAACAACAAAAACCCCACCCUCUGUGCACUCUCUCAUCCAUUGGCACUUUGACUCUAUUUUUCUUUUCUUCUCUCUCCAGUACUUUCCGUGGGAUAAGAGAACAAGAAGAAGACCAAGUGGGGUGCGUAGCUUGGAAAAAAGCCGUGUCUGUGAUAUGGAAGAGGAUGAGAUUCAAGCACAGGCAGUGUGUAAGUUCCCUAGAGUUGGAAAUGGACGGAGCGACCAAUACCAAGAGGAGGAAGAAGAGGUAGACAUAAGAAGAAGAGGUAUUGGUGGUGGCGGCGGCGGCGGUGGAGGAGGAGGAGGAAGUGAUGCCAGCACAAACCAUUUCCAAAGCAGCUGGCACCACUCUUCGAGAAUCAUUAGGGUGUCUCGAGCAUCUGGUGGCAAAGACAGGCACAGCAAGGUGAUGACUUCAAAGGGGUUAAGAGACAGAAGGGUUAGGCUCUCGGUGACCACUGCCAUUCAGUUCUACGACCUUCAAGAUCGCUUGGGUUAUGACCAGCCCAGUAAGGCUGUGGAGUGGUUAAUCAAUGCUGCUUCAGAUGCUAUCUCAGAGCUUCCUUCUCUCAACAACCCCUUCCCUGAUACCCCUAAGCAGCCAAGUGACGAGAAAAGGCCAACCAGUGGUCAACGUGGGGUUCAACCACAGGCCUUUGAUGAUGCAGAUGGAGACACCAAUUUCCUCCACCAGAGCCAAAACCAAAGCCAGAACCUCUCUCUCUCCAAGUCUGCUUGCAGCAGCACUUCCGAGACAAGCAAGGGUUCGGGCUUGUCCCUCUCUAGGUCUGAGAUCCGUGUGAACCGUGUGAAGGCAAGGGAGAGGGCAAGGGUAAGAGCUGCAAAAGAUAAGGGAAAAGAUAGGGACAAGGAGAAGGAGAAAGAGAAAGAAAACGAGUCUGGCAUUGCACACCACCACCACCAACACCACAAUGUAAACAACCCCAACCAUAUGUCUCACACUGCUUCCUUCACCGAGCUUCUCACCGGUGGGAUUGGGAGCACAGUAACGGUUAAUCCCACGACCACAGCAAGUCCUAAUGGAUCAUCUGUUCAUCAGAUCCAUGAAGGUCAUGACGAGGCCAAUAUAUUCAACAAGGGAAGACAACAACAACAACAACAUUGGUCUUCGACAGUGACACCUAUGGACUACUUCAGCCAAGGAGGCCUCUUGGUGGGACCUUCAUCAUCAUCUGCAAGAACUCAACACCAACACCAACACCAACAUCAAUCUUCUUCAGGACAGUUCCAAUUGGGACACGCCCUUCCCAUCUCACCAUUCAGUGGAGAAAACCACUCGGAUCAGAUGCAGCAUUUUUCGUUCAUGCCAGACCACCUUAACAUGCCGGCCGUGGUGACUUCUUCUUCUUCUGCUUCUCAACCCAGCGGGGGUGACAAUUACAACCUCAACUUCAGCAUCUCUUCGGGCCUUGCUGGUUUCAAUAGGGGGACCCUUCAGUCCAAUUCUCCGUCCUUUUUGCCUCACCUCCAGAGGUUUCAACCUUUAGACGGAUCAUCCAAUCUACCUUUCUUCAUCGGAGCUCCCGCUCCUUCUUCUGCUCCUCCAACCAUUGACAGCAACAACAAUAACAACCACCACCACCUUCAGUUCUCUCCCGUCUUCGAUGGCCGCUUGCAACUUUGCUAUGGCGACGGAACAAGGCAUUCUGACCACAAGGGCAAGGGAAAGAACUAAGUUCCCCAGGAACACCACGUUUAUUUUCUUCCUGGGAUUGUGGUCUUUGUUUUUUGUAGGAGCAGCAAGUUGUGUCCCCAGCUUCGCUUCUGCAUAAUGGAGGAUAAGUUGCUGUCAUCAAGUAUUGUUGGUGUUUUUUUUUGGAUAAUUUUGAGUCAUUCAAUUACACUGAGUAUUUGGAUAUCUAUUAAGUUAUGCAGCGUGCACAGUACUUUGUUAUGGAUAAAUGUAAAAGAAUGUUGCUUGAAGAUAUUUUCAUUUUCUAAAA